AUGAAUGACUUGUUGAAGGUGCCCCUGGUGCACGUCCUCAUAUUGGCAGCCCUCAGCUUGGCCAAGACACUCCCGAAAGCUCCCUUGAUCAGCACUCCUCUGGAAACUGUGGAUGCACUGGUAGAGGAUGUUGCCAAGUUUGUCUGCGUAGUGGAGUCAUACCCUGAGCCGGAGAUUACAUGGACUCGCAACAGCAUUCCCAUCAGGCUGUUUGACACCCGGUACAGCAUACAGAGGAAUGGGCAGCUCCUGACCAUCCUGAGCGUGGAGGACAGCGAUGAUGGGGUGUACUGCUGCACAGCGGAUAAUGGGGUUGGAGCGGCUGCCCAGAGCUGUGGGGCUCUCCAAGUGAAAAUGCGACCCAAAAUAACCCGACCGCCUAUAAAUGUGGAAAUAAUAGAAGGGUUAAAGGCUGUGCUUCCAUGCACUACAAUGGGGAAUCCAAAACCGUCUGUUUCAUGGAUCAAAGGAGAAAUGGUUGUAAAGGAGAAUGCUCGCAUUGCUGUCCUCGAUUCUGGGAAUUUAAGGAUCCACAACGUUCAGAGAGAAGAUGCAGGACAGUAUCGAUGUGUAGCCAGGAACAGCCUGGGCACAGCCUAUUCGAAACCUGCAAUGGUCGUAGUGGAAGUUUUUGCCAGAAUCCUGAAGGCUCCUGAAUCCCAAAAUAUCACCUUUGGUUCUGUGGUGACAUUGCGGUGCACAGCAACCGGCCUUCCAGUCCCCACCGUUACCUGGCUUGAAAAUGGAAAAGCUGUUUCUGCAGGUUCCAUAGCAGAAAGUGUCAAGGACAGAGUGGUUGACUCCAGACUGCAGGUGUAUGUCACUCGACCUGGCCUGUUCACUUGCCUCGCCACGAAUAAACACAGCAAAACUUUCGGAGCUGCAAAAGCUGCAGCAACCAUCAGUGUUUCAGAGUGGAGCAAGCUUUACAAGGGUGAUGCAGGCUACUGCAGCACGUACAGAGGUGAGGUGUGUAAUGCCAUCUUGGCAAAGAAUGCUCUUGUUUUCUUCAACUCCUCCUAUGCGGACCCAGAGGAGACCCAAGAACUGCUUGUGCACACUGCCUGGACUGAGCUGAAAAUGGUGAGCUCGUUCUGCCAGCCAGCUGCUGAGUCUCUGCUGUGUAACUACAUCUUCCAGGAGUGCAAUCCCUCAGGAGCUGGGCCAGCUCCAAAACCAGUGUGCAGAGAGAAUUGCCUUGCUGUAAAGGAUCUCUACUGCUUUAAGGAAUGGCUCUCAAUGGAAGAAAACUCUCAGAAGGGGAUUUACAAACCAGGGCUGAUGCUGCUCGCUCUUCCCGAAUGCAACAGGCUGCCCAGCCUGCACCAAGAUCCCAGCGCCUGCACCCACAUCCCUUUCUUUGAUUUUAAGAAGGAGAAUAUAACCAGAACUUGCUACAGCGGCAAUGGUCAGUUUUACCAGGGUUGGGCCAAUGUCACAGCCUCCGGCAUUCCCUGUCAGAAGUGGAGCGACCAGGCUCCCCACUUGCACAGAAGGACUCCUCAAGUUUUCCCUGAGCUGUCUGAUGCCGAGAAUUACUGCCGCAAUCCAGGAGGUGAGAACGAACGUCCCUGGUGCUACACAAAAGACCCAUCCGUGACCUGGGAAUACUGCAGCGUGUCUCCCUGUGGAGAUGCAUUGUCGUCACUAGGAACAAGAAGACCAAAUGGAGAGACUCCAGGUCUCCCUCCUCCUCCCUUUUCCCCUACAUACUCCAUGACUGUUAUAAUCUCGAUCAUCUCCAGCUUUGCCCUGGUUAUGAUUCUUGGCAUUGCCACUCUGGUUUGCUGCCGUCGUCGAAAGCAGUGGAAAACCAAAAAAAGGGAGUCAGAGACACCAACACUCACCACUCUGCCCUCCGAACUCCUCCUGGACCGGCUGCACCCCAACCCAAUGUACCAGCGGAUGCCCCUCCUUCUCAAUCCAAAAUUGCUCAGCCUGGAGUAUCCAAGAAACAAUAUUGAAUAUGUGAGAGAUAUUGGGGAAGGAGCAUUUGGGAGAGUCUUCCAAGCAAGGUAA